UGCUGCUGCCACUUUCAGAAGUCUCACACGGCUCGACAUUGAAGUUGCGAUACGACUCAUCCGUGAAUCAGUUUUCCGUAAGCAACAACGCGAUCGAGACACGGUAGCGUAAAUAAAAAUUCUAAAACAAAAAUUCAAACACACACGAUCAAAAAAUAAAAAACAACCACAGAAAGAAAGUUUACAUACCCAAGUACUAAGCUCUAACUAAGACUUAAUAAUGAUAUAAAAUGUGUGAUGUUUAAUGUUUGAAAAAAUCAUAGAAAAGAAAAUAGAACAUAAAAGAAAAAUAUAUUUGAAAAGAAAGACAUUUAUAAGAAAAAAAGACUGUAUUUUAAUUAUUAAGAAAUUAUAAUUAUAAAAAAGAAAUAUUUAUGUAAAGAAGUAAAAAAAAUUAAUUUAAAUAAAAUUAAUUAAUAUAAUUAAUAAAAAAAAAGAAAAGUGUUUUGCAUUUAAGUGUUAUAAAAUAUUUAUUAAAAAUAAAUAUCUCUAAAAAUAUAAAUCAGCCAGAAUAAUAUUGGAUUACAACAAACAAACAAGCCCAAAACCAAACAAUUAAUGGAUUAAAUGGAUUACAAUUAUGGAUUAAAAGCAACACUAAUAACAAUGAUUAAAAAUCAACAAAAACAUAACACCAUCAGCAAACCAAAAUAAAAAAAAAACGGAAACACAACAAAUCAUUCGCAAAUCAUUUAGAUUUAAAUUUCGGUAGCCACUACUACACUACACUACUACAAACGGAAGGAAAUUUAACAGCAAGGACCAAUUUUUAAUGUGUUAAAGUAGGCAAAAUACAAAACAAAAUGAAUGUAGCAACACAAUCUCAAAUAAUAAAACUAGAAUCACAACAAUUAGAGGCGUCCACAAUACAUGUGUCCAGCAUUAAUAGCAGCUUAACGUCUGUAGGAAACCACUCAAAACAGAAACCACACAAUUCCAGUGAUAUGAAUCCGCCAACAGCAGCACGUAGUCCCUCGCCAGAUGGCUCCCGAGACUAUGAUGUAACACGCAUGAGAGAGGAAGACUUUGAACGCCUGGCUGUAUACAUAGUACCCGAUGUACAGUGUGAGCGUGGCAUUAGCAAUAGAGCCGAUAAAACACUGCCACGCAGUUUAACCCUAAAACCAUCGAUGGUUUUUUCAUCACCAAAUGUUAAGACUGAAGGAGUUUGGAGUACUGGUGUUAUACCACGUGGUACCCGUUUUGGACCCUUUGAAGGUGUUCCAACUCCUCACUAUCCCAACGAUUCAAAUACGGCGCGUUACUUUUGGCGGGUGCUGGAAACACGCCAUAUAACAUACGGGAAUAUAAAGAUAUUCAAAGAUGAUGAUUAUUAUUAUCUGGAUGGCUCCGAUCGUUCACAGUCGAAUUGGAUGCGUUAUGUGGCAUCGGCCUACAGCCUGGACACCAUGAAUUUGGUGGCCUGCCAGCAUCAGGAGAACAUCUACUUCUAUACCACACGCGAUAUUAUGCCCAAUGAAGAGUUAAUGGUGUGGUAUUGCAAGGACUUUGCAAAACGUUUGGGUUAUGAUGUUGAUCCGGAACGUACUUUGUUUGGAGCCUGCAAGGAGGGUGCCGAAGAUGAUGAUGAAGGCGAGGUAGAGGCCGAGGAGGAGCAUGAACCAGAAACAGAGGAGGAGUAUGUGUGUCGCAAGAAGAGAGCUUGUUCACCGUAUGAUAUGCCCGCCCCCGAAAUUCCUCCAGAAGUUGCCUACAAUCAUAUAACCUAUGUAAUGGGUUUGCACCUACCGCCACCACUCUCUACCGGCACACGCAAUGCAGGGCGUUCACCUACUCCUAGUCCUUCCCCACCUAAUGUCAAUCAAACACAAAAUACACACCCGCACAUCCAACACAGCCAUUCUGGUCAUCAGUCAAGAACGCUGAUCAGGCAUUCAACGCUACAUCAGCCCCAUCAAAAUGUCUUACAUCUGAAGCAGGAACCUACCUCGGUCAUUGUGCAGGAUCAUCAUCACUUAGCCAUGGACCAAGAGUGUGUUAAUCAAAAGGACCACAAAGAUGUAGGCAGUUCACCCAUAUCGCACAAAGAAGCCCAAUACGAACACCAGCUGACGCCAAAUGAUGGCAGCGUACGUUCGGUACGUUCCGAUGAGGGUUAUCACAGCAAUGAGUAUCAUGAAGAUCGCCUAACGCCUUCGGGUGGCGAUGAUAGCGAUACAGAGAGUGAACACAAUUAUGUUUUAGAUUGUUCUAAAAAAGCCAUUGCUCCCAAAGAAACCGUUAUUGCCCAUUCCCAAAAACCCUGCAGUACAGUUGCAUCAACAGUGCCCUCAACAACAAAUGCAACGGCCGCAGCGUCAACGGGUGAAUGCUGCAAAAACGAAUAUAGAAAGUUCAAAGUGAAAAUGCCUCUAAAAUAUGAAUUUAAGAAUAGUACCAAGACUGAAGCAAAUAAUGCCACCACCACCACCACCAUCACCACUAACGCCAGCAUCUCCUCAAUCAAACAGGAUGAUUUACAGCACAUAACGGCCAGCUCAAGUGAAGACGAGAAUCGCACUGACUGCACCUCUUCUACGCAAAUUGAUGAAAUGAUGGAAGUAGAUUGUCAUUCGUCAAGAAGUGUUAAUAAUGAAUCCACUGCCACCACCACACAACCAGCCUCGAGUACAGUUAUUGUAUUGGAAAACAGCCAAAAGCGCACAAUAGUGCCCUUAACUAAGCCCUACUACGAAGCUGAAUCCAGCUCUCCCCCACCCUCGGGCCAAAGCUACAUACGUUAUACUCCACCCUCCAGCAUUUUAGAGACAAUUUUGACUGGUCAACAUCAACAUCGUCUGGAAACGGCUGCAGCCGCUGCUGCCGUAGUAGUGGCUUGUCGCCAGGCUAACUCAGCCACUCCUCCCCCCUCUUCACCCACGGAAAUGGCCUAUUCUUAUAAGAAAUCGCAUCGUUAUGGCAAUGCUGUUAGCCCCGAUUCUAGUUCAAAUAUGGUGGCAGAGCACAAUACUCAUGACAACGAAGCCGAACUGCAUCUGAAUUCCAGCAUAUGCAAGAAAGAUCUCUGCUCUCCUCCGCCACCAACACAUCAACAGCAUCAUGUACUAUUCUCACCCAAUGGUGUGCAUGGCGCUUAUGUCAAUGAUGGUCAACACACACCGCCUUACUCCACCUACUCCUCUUAUUCCAACAGCAGUUUAAAUGGACAAUCAGUGAGCGUUUUACAUGCACCCACCUCCACUUUCCACUCACCACCACACAGUGCACAAUCGCCUUUCGACAGACAAUCGCAUUGCUCCAGUGGUUCCAAUCAAAACUUGCACUUACUGCAAGGCAGCACACAAAUGUUAAAUCAUCCAUUGAUGCAACCACUCACCCCCCUACAAAGACUAUCACCUCUGCGCAUUUCACCACCCAGCUGCUUAAGUCCCGAUGGUAACUCAUGUCCACGCAGUGGCAGUCCUCUUAGUCCCAAUUCCAUGGCAUCACGAGGCUACCGUUCCCUACCGUAUCCGCUGAAAAAGAAAGAUGGCAAAAUGCACUACGAGUGCAAUGUCUGCUGCAAAACAUUCGGUCAAUUGAGCAACUUAAAGGUUCACCUGCGCACGCAUUCCGGUGAAAGACCCUUCAAGUGCAACGUCUGCACCAAGAGUUUCACCCAAUUGGCCCAUUUGCAGAAGCAUCAUCUGGUGCAUACGGGUGAAAAACCCCACCAGUGCGAUAUUUGCAAGAAACGCUUUUCGUCCACAUCGAAUCUAAAGACCCAUCUACGCUUACACAGCGGCCAAAAGCCAUACGCUUGCGAUUUAUGUCCGCAAAAGUUUACACAAUUCGUGCACUUGAAACUGCACAAGCGAUUGCAUACCAAUGAUCGUCCGUACGUGUGUCAAGGUUGUGAUAAGAAAUACAUUAGUGCAUCAGGUUUACGUACGCAUUGGAAAACGACAAGUUGCAAGCCCAAUAAUUUGGAAGAAGAAUUGGCCAUGGCAGCGGCGGCAACAUCAGAGUGUUUGGACAAAGAUCAUCCCGAACCAGAUUCAAGGGAAGCAUUCGAACAAAUACAACAGCAUAUACAUCCGCAUCCUCAUAUGCGUCAUAGCGAUCAUUUGAAUCAGUCGCGCAGUAUGGGCUUGUCGUCACAACAAACGCAUAGUCACAUGCAACAGCAACACGUUCCUAUGCUGCAUCAACAUUUGCCACCUCCCUCAUCAGCAGCUGCUGCCACUAUGUUGCUCACAACUGCCAACCAAAUUCAUCAACAUCAGCAUCAGCACCAACACCAGCAUCAACAACACCAACAUCAGCAGCAGCAGCAACAACUGCUGCAUCCACACCAACAACAUUUACUACAACACCAAUCACUCAAAGUUAAACCCCAGAUACACAUGAUGCCCUCAAAUUCCCACGACUCUGGCUCAGCUGGACCCAACAACAUGUCCCAUGCCCAUGUAGCAGCCGCGGCAGCGGCACAUGCGGCUGCGGCGGCCGCUGCUGCAGCUCAUGCAGCCUCACAACAUCCCUUGGGUCCACCACAAGAUUCCCGACCCUCCGUCAUAGAAUCCAAUCAACCCAUGAUCAUAGAGUGCACGUAAACCCAAGAUCAUAGCAAAUGAAUGCUCAACAAAACAGCCAAGAUUAGCUCUCUCUCUCUCUCUGAGGGAGAGCUUAAGAGUGCUUAAACCGCAAACAAACAGUUAGCAAAGGAAGCUUCUUAUUACUUUGCUUAUAUGCUUGUCUCAACAGCUUUAGGAAAAGCUUAAAUCUAUGUAAAAUUUUGUGGACCUUCAAAAUCAACCAACAAACCACAAUGAUAAGUGCAAUAUAUACAAAACACAAAUUGUCGGUAUUAUUAAACAAACAAAAAAUAAACUAAGCUAACUAAUUAAUAUACUUUAUUAUUUGUAUUACAAAUUGUUUAAAAACAAAAUUUUACUGAACAAAAUCGAUCGAUCUCAACAAUUGGCAGCCAAUUAUUUCAAAACAAAUUUAACAAAAUCUCUCAAUUAUUUUUAACCUCUUUAAGACUAAAAUUUUGCUUUUUUGAUUUUUCCAAAACUAUAAAAAGAGGUUAAAUUAGAGAGAAAAUUUAUUUUUUUAUUUAACAAAAAAAAUAUUGUAUAACUUAUAUUUAAAACAACAAUUUAAAAUAUAUUAAUUAAUCAUUCAUUUAAACUAAAUUAUAAAUCAAAAAAAAAACAAAAGGAAAAGGAAAAUGUCAAAUCAUUACUCUCCGACAUCGUCAUUAAAAGUGCAUUUAAUAAAAAUAGUAGUUCGUAAUAAACAAAACAAAAACUGUAAAAAUCGUUAAAAAAAACAAACAAAUUAGAUGGAAAUUACAUAAAAGUUGCCUUAUUUCAUUAGAUUUUUAUAAAUUUUUUAGUAAAUUUUUUAUUUCAAACACCAAAAAAACACCUAAAACAAAAGCAAUUAUUGUAAAAAUGAGUAUGAAAUGUAUAAAAUUAACAAAAAUACUUUAACAAAAUUCAAUUAGAAGACACUCGUUCUUUUUGUUUUAAAUUUAUUUGACAUUUAAGUGUAAAUAUUUUUUGUGAACUAACGAGAGAUUUUGAAUUUGAAUUUUGAUUGAAGAAAAUGAUUUUUUCUUUUUAGUUAUUUUUGAGUGUGAAUGUGUGUAUAAUCAUAAAAUUAGUAAUUAAUUGUAGAUUUUUUUUAUAUUUAUAAAUGUGUAGUAGUGUUAUUAUUAGUAGAAUAAAAUACUAAAUCGUAGCUGAAAAUCGGUGCUUUUAAACCUGGAUUUAUUUGUCUACAUUCACAAAUUGAAAACUCAAACUCAAUUAAAGUCUCUAAAGCUUUCAGCUUCAACAACCUAUUACAUAUUUCAUUUAACAAAUGAGAGUACAAGAAAGAGAAUUAGAGCAAGAGAUAGAGAGAGAGACUAGAUUAGAAAUGAUUUUUGGUGGCCAAAUAAAACAGGUGACAUUUUGGGAAAAUAUUAUUGCAAAGAAUUAUGUUUUUUCAAAAAGAUCAAAUAAAAAAAUAAACAAUUUAAAUUAGAAAACUCAAAAAAAUAAUAAAAAAAAACAAAUAAUAUUUAAUAUUAUUAUAUUUAUAAUUCUAAUUACUUGUAAUUAAUUGAUUAAUUAAUUAAGUAAGCAGCAAAUAUAAAUAAAUAAAUAAAUUAUUAUUAUAAUUAUAUUAUGUAUGUAAAUAGAAUUGAUAUAUAAAAUAAACACAUUUAAGCAGUAUUUAUAGAAACUAUAUAAAACCUAAGUAUGAUUAUGAUUUAAGUCAAACAUAUGUAUUUUUAGUUUUAUUCCUCAAACUCCCUUUUAAAUUACCAAGGAUUUUUUUAUAUUAUUUUCAUUUUCCACUUUUUAUUUUUUAUUUUUUAUCAAAAACCCACCGUUUUAUUUUUUUAUUUUUCAAACUUCAUAUUUUUUAAUAUUAAACUCCCUGACCCUCGCCCUUUCAAUUCAAAAUUUACUUUACAAACGUUUUGUCAUUUGUAAACUAAUUAUAUUUCAUUUGUUUUUUUAUUUAAAGAUUUUAAUUGUAAAUCAUGGCAAUUAAUCUUUAAUUGAAAAAAAUUAAACAACAAAAACCAAGUAAUAAAAAUAAAAAAAAAAAAAAUUAAAUUUUUAAAAAUUUAUACAUGAGGCUGAUUAGUUUUAAGCAUUAUAUUUCUAAAUUUUGUAAAUUAUUAACAUAAUAAAUCUAUUAACACACAAACAAUACAAAAGAGGAUUUAACAACAUUAUCUAAACUCUGCUAAUCUAAUCAGAUCUAAGCAUGAGUUUUAAAAAAAGGCUUCACAGUGCCCCGCCCCCUCCUCUUAAAAUAAUAAACUAACUGUAACUGUAAACAUAGUUUUCCUUAAACAGAAAGUAUAUAAAUAUUAUUCUUAAAUAAAUUUAUGACAAAUUAUAUUUUUACUUUAAACUUUUUUCAUUAUUAAGAUAGAAAAGAAAACAAAAUAAAAUAAAACAAACCAACUACAAUACAUCAAUCAAUACAUAAAUACAAUAAAAUAAAAUUUAAUUAAAUAAAACAAAACAAAACAAAAUGAACAUAUAUUUAUAUUAAAACAAUUUUUACAACAAAAAAAUAUAUAUAUUAUGAAAAUACAAAAAAAAAACAAAUAAAAAACACAACAAAACAUUUACUCAAUAAUGCAAAAA